AUCUCACCUUGGAUUCCUACAUAUUGCGAUUUUGAGCUAUUUAGAAACUGUAUCAUCUUGCGCAAUAUUUAUCAAAGUAUGGACAUGAUUUGGACAGUAUACUGUGCUGCGCGACGACGACCAAGACCAGAUGGCUGAUCAUCGCGUUACUGACCUAUCUUAUGGUCACCUUGGAAAGGCUUCUUAUCAUACUGAAGGAAAUGAGUGGAAAUUCUCCGUGGAUCUAGAUCACACAUCUUCACUGCAGCAGCUUAUGCCAUUUAAAGAAUGGUUACCUCCUUCGAUUCGAGAGGUACCUCAAAGCAAAGAGAAACCAUCGCAAACGCUUCGGGCACAGCGAAAAUGGCUUCUAAAAACGCGCCCUGAAGUUUGUCCUGCCGACGAACUGGCUGCGGAUCUCAGUAAAGCGGACUUGUCGCAACAGAACGAGAUUCCUGUACAGACAGGAUCAUUGCUAGCCAUAGGACGCGCGGUGGACUCCGAUCGAGUUUCGGGCUCACGAACAACUCAGAUUCUAGCAGUGGCAUAUGGAGACGCAGGACAUGUUCUUCGACUCAUCAGGCCUCGAGUCGACGCUCGUGGAUGGGGCAAGGACAGCGCAGCGAAACUUGAUCUGCUGGACUCAGAAUCUCCUGAAUAUGGGCAUUGGGUUGGAGAUUCAGGCAUAAUCCGACAAAUCCUGGUAUCGGAUACUGAGAAUGGAUCCGGAGCCUGGCUGGCUGUGCGACAAGAUACUUCGAUGACCAUUUUCAGACCACAAUAUGGCAGAGUUCAUGAUGCGUCUACAAGUACAGGUGGUCUUCUAGAAAGAUUCCCUGUUUCACAACUGAAUCCAAACCCCAUAGCGACUUUGACGGUUGAGCGAACUCAGUCCCGGGCUCAUGCUGAUGUAGCUUUCAAUCCGUGGUACGCACGACAAUUUGCUGUGGUAGAUGACGUGGGACUUUGGAGUAUAUGGGAUCUAGAUAUAGCCCAUGGCAAAAAGGCGUCCCAGAUCCUGACUGCUGGCAAGCGUGGAGGAAUCUACGACAGCUAUGAACCAGACCCUCUACAGGAACCUCUUGAUCUUAGCCACUCAGAUGGAUGGUAUAAAAUCAUGUGGAUCUGUAAUAUCAACACAAUACUUGCCUGCAAUCGACGCCACAUUGCUCUGAUUGAUCUGGGCGCAGGUAUAAGUCGACUUCAGAGUGGAGAUAUUGUUCCGCUCAGUAGCCAUGACUGGAUUUUGGACAUCAAGCGAAGCGCAAACAACAGCAACCACAUCUUUGUGCUUACAACUUCUCGAAUCUUUUGGGUGGAAAUUGUACCCGGGGAAGGACGCGUAAAAGUUGUGCUCUCAUAUCGACAUUUUAGAAACGCCGAUGACGAGACGAUGAAGUUGAUGGUUUUGAAAGACCAUACGCUAUCCGUGUUGAUCACUUCGUCUAUAAGCCCUCUGGUCCAGUUUUACUGCUUCAACGAAACCAUGACUCCGUUGGAUGUCCCCAGGUCUUGCCAGGGCUCCUUCAGCCUCUCCCAUCAAGAAGAUAGAAAGAUUCCUGGAAGCGCUCAUUCACAUCUCGCGUUUGCACCAUGUCUGCUGUCUGCCCGUGCUGCUAUGACGCCGUUCGGAGCAGGACAUCAGUACCUUGAAAAUGAUGUUAGAUUCUUCCAAGUAUGGGCACUCGGUACGAAUCUUGGUUUGAAUUCUACACUUUACGCAGUCCAAAACCAGUCUUCCUCAGCUCUGACCAACCUACUUUUUGUCGAACCUCCGACUUACAGAGUACGACAGUCCAGUCGUAGGUUCGGGGCUCGAGUAAUGGAGGAUUCUUUUGUUGUCCCAGACGGAGAGGCCGAAGACGACUUUGACCAUGUUGAAAGAGGAAAUAUGCAGCAUGAUAAGCAAACUAUGCUGCUAGGUGAAUGGCAGGAUGACCUUCGUUAUAGAAUCAAUUGGAGAAGGGUCUAUAGACACGUGUUUGGUUUGGACUCUGAAGAGAAAGUACUUGCAACCACAGAUGUCCCCACUAUAUCAGAACUUUUUGGCCGUAUUUCUGAUCAUAUUCAACAUGGACUGGAAGAUGGCGAGCUGGCAACCAGAACUUUCUCUGAAAUGUCUGGGUUUGACACAAUUUCUGAAGACCUUGAAGCGGCUUCGACAGCUCUUCGUGCAUUUUUAGAAUCUCUACAACCAGAUCCGGAUUCCGAAACAACCUCAAGGUUGGUCGUCUCAAACCUUGCGCCUUCUUCAGAAGGCCAGAUUCCCGAUCUUGAAAUACCUAGGCACCCUGACUUGUCGAAUUUGUACGAUCAAAUGGCUGAAUACUGGAUGGCCAGUUUGCCUCCAAAGUUGUCUAAUGUUGCACGUGUAGCAAGAUAUCGAGUCAUCCGACAACUUGCAAUGGAUGUUUGUCUAAGCUCAAUUGGGAUCUCAGUCGAAAACACAUCGGUCAGUGCCGAAGGACCACCAAGAGUGCCCGAGGACGAGGCAAUGUCACUACCGGUGUUCGACAAAGAUGGGAGGAUCAGUAGGGAAAGCUCACCACCAACAUUCUUCUCCUCUCAAUUGGCUGCGAUUGCAGAUAGAGAGUCGGAUUUUCGUCUUCUAACACCUGCGAAGACCCCGUCGAUAUAUUCUCACGCUACUUCCGCAUCUGAGGUCAAAGAAGAUCCUGCGAUCACUCGGCUCCGCCAAUAUGCGAUCUCGAUACGGGCCAAACCAGAUCUAGGCCCACCGUCUCUUCUAUCACAUUGGCCCUCUAAGCCUGGAGCUGACCCAGCUCAGUACUCGUACGAAGAAGCUCAGAAAGCUUCUAUCGCAGCUGAAAGUGGCGAUGAGAGUGAACACCGGAAUCGGAAAGAGGAGGCUAGACAUCGUAGAAGGACGGAAAGAUUUUUGAGGCAAGAGAGAUCUAGAGCUGUCGAAACAGCUGCUCAGUCAAUGUUUAUGCCUUCUGGAAGUCAGCCGGCCGCUCUAUCCCAUCACGCAGUCAGUUCUCAAUCAGUGCCUGAUCUGCCUAUGACCCAGCCCGAAAUAGGGGCAUUCGGAAGUCGAGUCGUGCCGAAGGGGAAGCGAAAGACCAAGAAGCCUAGGACGGCUGGAUUUAGAUAGUAUAGGACUGAGACUAAUGAAGAGCUGGAACAAUCGAUAGUCGUAUUACCUGCUGAAGAUUGACCCGG